CAUUGCUGUGACCUUGUUGGUGCUUGUACGGUCCAAGAUUUCAAAAUGUCUUCAGAUGAAGGAAAACUCUUUAUUGGUGGCCUCAGCUUUGAGACCAACGAACAGAACCUGGAAGAAGUGUUCUGCAAGUACGGCCAGAUCUCAGAAGUUGUGGUCGUGAAGGAUCGUGAGACCAAGAGAUCCAGGGGCUUUGGAUUUGUGACAUUUGAGAAUCCAGAUGAUGCUAGAGAUGCAAUGACGGCUAUGAAUGGAAAGUCUGUAGAUGGGCGCCAGAUUCGUGUUGACCAGGCGGGCAAAUCAUCAGGAGACAGGAGAGGAGGCUACAGAGGAGGUUCUGGUGGCAGGGGAUUUUUCCGUGGCGGACGAGGCCGUGGUGGUUCGGACAGGGGAUAUGGAAGCAGCCGUUUUGAUAACAGAAGUGGAGGAUAUGGUGGCAGUGGUGGAUCCCGAGACUACUAUGGCAGUGGCAGGAGUCAAGGGUCUUACAGCGAUCGCUCUGGGGGAUCCUACAGGGAUAACUAUGACAGUUAUGCUACACACAACGAGUAAAAUUCCUUCCUGACUCAAGAUCGUCCUUCCAAUGGCUGUAUUUAUAAAGAUUUUUGGAGCUUCGCAGAAUCAUUUAUGUAGUUCAUCUAAUUGUGUUCACUUUUUUUUUUAGUUUGAUUAUCCUGACAGCUUUAAAAGUGUAGUGGAACAGCUGUGUUUCAAACAACUGUGCAUUGUACUUUAAUUUAUUAAACCUAGUUAUGGGGACAUGGCCAUGUCCUGUCUUAAUUCUGCUGUUCCAUUCAUGCUGAUCUGGCUUGGAGCUCCACUGGAGCGACAUAUAGUACCCUGGUGUAAAUCCAUGGUACAAGCGGCCUGUCCUGCUGCUAGUUCUUUCACCUCUGCAGUGUCUUCAGUGACCUACUGCUGUAUAUAGUCUGUGGGUCAGAGACCCUGAAACCUGAUUUGUGAGCAUGUUCUCUUACUCUUGUUUUUUUUCUCUAUAAUUUUAAGAUUCCUUUAGUGUAACAAGGGAAGGCAGAGCCUGGGUGCGCUGUAAAUAGUGGCUAAACUUCCUUGAUAUACUUAAAGUGAACCUCUUGCCCAACCUCUACUGUAACAAUGUCACAAGAAGUUCUUGAAAAAUGUUUGUUUAUAUUGUCCUUUUUUUACUGGAGGAAAUUAGAAAUUGUAUAAAGUGGUCACAGAAUUCUUGUACUCUCGUUUGGCUUCACGAAGCCUAUUAAAAGACCGUCUGAAAAGAA